CUUCCUUAUUUAAUGCGGGUGUUUUGUCUUUUAAGCCUUCCCUCAACCCUGAAACAACUGGAAAACCUGGGACUCCGAUGCGAGCGGUGGCUCCCCAUGCUGGAGUAUGGGAAAACCCCCCUAGUGGCAAACAGAUGGUGUCCAAAAUGCUGGUUAUCAAGAAGCUUUCCAAGGAGGACCCCGGCACCGCCUUCUCUGCGGGGUUCGCCUCCGCCGGCAUCCUGCCCAUCAACGGCAGCAAAACCCCCAUGGCCAGCUCCAGCAUUUACAAGAACCUGGUCCCCAAGCCUGCUGUGGCCCCCACCAAAAGCAACCAGUGGAAAUCCGGUGGUAGAGAGAUCACUAAGUCUGGCCUCCACAUGCCGGGCCGAGACUCAGUGUUCACCAGCCCCGUCUCUGCAGCCAAACCCAGUCCCCCCCUCAGCGCACCACAGCACAACCCCACGAAAGAGCACCCUUCCAGCACGACUCCUCCCAUAGACAUCGCCCCGUCAAGGCUUAAGCUGAUGCGCCGCGGUCCGGACCGUAAGAGCGAGUUCCUGCGAGCUCUGAAGGACGAGGGCACCGGAGAGCGGACGACCAGCAGCAGCCCGGGAACCUCAGGAGAGGGUGAGAGCAGCACCCCAGAGCCCAAAGUCUACCACGAGGAGGUGUGCCACGAGAACGGUCUGUCCUACUCGCUCAGCGACUCGGACACCGAACACCUGUCCAGCUCCCUGGAGGCAGAGCACAGGUUGCUAAAGGCCAUGGGCUGGCAGGAGUACCCAGAAAAUGAUGACAACUUCCAGCCUCUGACGGAGGAUGAGCUGCGAGAGUUCCAGACUAAAACUGAGCAGCUGAAGAGGAACGGCCUGCAGAGGAACGGGGCUCUCCCCAGGGCGCGGGGGGUCACCCUCCACUUCACCCCCUGGAGGAGUGUGGCGGAGGAGAACGUCGAGGAGGACUCAGAGUCCGAAACCAGUAGCAGCAGCCAGACCUCUGACGACGACGACUGCAUCAAAUCCUAACGUGGCUUUUACGGAACAAAAACAACAACACAACAUCCCAGCAAGCAAUCCCCCCUCUUCCUCUCAUCUUUGUUUUUAGAGCACCAUUUUGACUUUCUUCCGUUUUUUUGAUUUUCUUUUUGUUGUCAUUCUUGCACAAGGGAAAAACCAAUCAUAUCCCAGUGAAGGGGGAGAUUCCUGCUCCGCCAGACGUUGUUUUCCCUGCGUUUCCUCCUUCACUGCAGUCCCCCCCCACUCUGUCCCCCACCUUUACCCCUUCUUCCUUUUUUCUUCCUCGCUUUGUGGAACUGACGUGUUCAUCAAGAAAAGAAGGGCAAUGAAUGCACACUUGAUUCUGCUUUAAACAGACUAACUCAUUUCAUUGAUGAUGCUGAUGACACAUUAUUAAUGAUAUUAAUAAAAAUUGGUUCCUGACAAGCUGAUAUGUUUCAAUAUGAA